ACUAGCUCGUAGAGUUGAUCAUCUGCCUAUUGCCUACACGUUACAAGUGGAUCAGAUUUUCAGUAAACAUUCUUUCUCAUGGCACAUCUUCUCUCGACCCCCAUGCUCCUUGCGACCCCAUCUUCCACCAACAAGGAAAAUCUGAUUGUCGUUCCAAAGAAAUCCCAACAAAACACUCUAGCUGAAGCUCGAGCAUUCGGCACGGUCAUUACUAAUCAGCCGAGCGCCAGCGAGAAGGUAAAAUUCCCUCUAGUCAGCCAAAACCAGACGACCAACCCGCAACAGAAGGCGUCAUUGGUUCAAGAACCUCAGUGGGAUAACGAGUUCGAGGUCUCGGAUAUAGAUUUUACAUAUACGAGUCCCACUCCGGCAUUUUUGGAUCCUCUAACCGAAGAUGUCGACUUUUCCAAGCUAAGGCAUCCUUACCAUUAUAGUCGCUCAACUCCUAGCCUCGAAGACCUACUCACGUGCGAUGAGGUUUCCUAUCAAUCUGAUUCAGACAUUCAAGGUGCAUACUUUUCGUCUGAGGAGAGCAUAGAGCUUCCACCUACUGGGUUCUACACUGAACCCAUGUGAACUAUUUUAUUCGACAAGUUUGUACCGCGCCUGGAAAGGAGCCGCAAAAAUGUCACAUAUGACAAAUUCACAGCAAUGUUUUUUUCAGGAUUACCACGACGCGAGACCAUGUUACCUAAGGGAAGAUAUAAGAUGCUCACUCGAGGGCUAUGCAUCUUCUUCCCAGGUAGAAAGCACUUGUUUAUGAAAUGCUAUUAUAUCCCUUUCACCUGUAAUAAAAAAUCUUGAAGAUAGUGUCUA